UCUCGGCUGUUUUUAGUCUCGUACCGCGAUCAAUACACUAGUACUACAAUGACUCUCAGAGUAGGCUAUGUCCGAGAGCACUUUUCGUCCCCUCUUCUGCAAUACGCGGAAGCAGACGGCGGGCAGACAUUCACGCUGGUAGAAUGUCCAAGUGGUACUGGACAACUCAUCUCACGACUGACUAACGAUGAGGUUGAUGUCGCGAUUGCUUUGACUGAUCCUCUCAUUUCCGGGAUUGCAAAAGGAUCCGAAGCGUAUAAACUCGUUGGCAGCUAUGUCACGACACCAUUGAAUUGGGCCGUGAUCACAGGAAAGGAUUCAAAGUAUCAAUCGAUACCGGACCUCAAGGAUACGACAUUGGGCAUCUCGCGCCAUGGUAGCGGAAGCCAGACCAUGGCUUUUGUGAUGGCUCUCCAGCAAGGUUGGUCUACGGAGGACCUCAAAUUCCAGGUCAAUAACGACAUCCGAGGCUUGAUCGACUCUGUCAAUGACGGCUCUACCAGUGCCUUCAUGUGGGAAUGGUUCACAACGAAACCGUUCGUAGAUGCCGGAGAAGUUCGGUUUAUCGGUUCGGUACCGACACCUUGGCCAUCUUGGUUGAUUGCUGCACACCCCACUCGUGCUCGGGCCGACGUUCUGUCUACCUUCUUGAACACGUUGUCUACAUACGUCCGCACAUUCGACUCCGAAGAGAAGAGAGCCAAGGAUGAUGUUGAGUUCAUCAAGGCCAAGUUCGGAUACUCGGAAGAAGAUAUCAAGGCCUGGUUGAAGACCGUUGCAUAUCCAAAUGACUGUGCAUCGAUCCCGGCUACCGUCAUCAGCGACACCUUAGGGGUGCUUGAGAAAGCUGGUUUCAUUAAGAGCCCUGAAGGCGGUUUCGACAUCGCGCAAUUUGUGAAUAAAGACGUCGUGUCGCUCACUUGACACCGUUAACCGUUCGAGAAAAGACUGAACAAGAUAACAUAGAUAGAGAUGGAACGUCUGUUGUACAACAUAAGUGAAAGAAACUAACAUGCUAAUAAGGUCCAAGGCCACCUCAGCUCUUGGCAGCCAUC